ACAGUGAGCAAAUCCCAUGCACAGAAAGAGAAGAAAAAAUUGAAAUAUAAAAAAAUAUUUCUCUUUUAUCCGUAUGUCUGAUAUUCAGUCUCGUAUGUGAUGUGAAGAAAAAAAAUGAGAGACAGAAGCGCUCACUAUUGAUUGUAAUUUACAAUUUAUCUCUAUCUUGGUGCACAAUAUUGUGUGUUUGUAGGGUGAAAAAGCUUUAAACGUGAAUCAGUCGAACAAUUUGUCAUAAAAAAAAUAAUUUUUUAUUUUGUAAAUAAGACAUAAUUUAAUGAAUCUCUAAAUAUUACGACUAAGCACAUUAACAAUGAUAUUUCAACGUCAUAAGCUUCUCAGUUCAAGUCAGCUACGUAAAUUAGCAGAGCAUAAAUAUGCAGUAACAUCGAGUAGUUUAAUCGAACCAUAUUUACAGCCGUAUUGGAAUUGGCUCGUACUACAAUUACCGCUAUGGAUUGCACCGAAUUUAAUAACAAUUAUUGGACUUUUAAUAAACAUUCUGACAUCAUUAGCAUUAAUUUAUUAUAAUCCUGAUGGAAAGGACACAAAUUCACCUCCACGAUGGACAUACUUGCUAUGUGCACUUGGUUUAUUCGCAUAUCAAUCGCUUGACGCAAUAGAUGGCAAGCAAGCGAGACGAACAGGAACGUCUAGUCCAUUAGGUGAAUUAUUUGAUCAUGGAUGUGAUAGCAUAUCAACGGUGUUUAUCACUCUAUCAACAUGUUCAGCGAUUCAAUACGGCAGCUUUCCGAAAAUUAUGUUUAUCGAAGUGUUUGCCGUUUUUGCUCUAUUUUAUUGUUCACAUUGGCAAGCGUACAUCAGUGGAACACUUCAUUUCGGGAAGAUUGAUGUGACAGAGGCUCAUUAUAGUGUGAUAGCUGUUCACAUUAUGACAUUCUUUUUUGGACCGAAAAUAUGGUCGAUAAAAAUUUUCGGACAGAUUGAAUUGUGGUAUCUUAUUAUAGCAAUGACAGUUCUGACAGGAUCUCUUGUUAUAAGUGAUUUUGUUGCCACAAUUCGUCGUGGUGGAAGUGGAAAGAAUGGAUCAACUGUCGCUGGAACAAGUAUAAUAGCACCAAUCUUACCAUUUCUAUUCGUUAUCGUACCCUCAUACAUAAUCGCUGUGAAAUCGAAAUCAGGAAUUUAUGACUCUCAUCCGAUGCUUUAUUUGAUGACCUUUGGAAUUCUUUUUGCCAAAAUCACCAAUAAACUCGUUAUUGCGCAUCUCUCAAAGAGUGAAAUGGACUAUUUUGAUUCCGGCAUGUGGGGACCAUUUAUAUUAUUUCUCAAUCAAUAUUUCAAUGAAUUCAUACCCGAAUAUCAUUUGGUAUGGAUAGCCUUCAUUUGGUGUACUUUAGAUCUGGCAUGGUAUUGCUCGAAUGUCUGUUUGGAUAUGUGUGAAUAUAUGAAUAUCAAACUAUUUACCAUCCCAUACAAUCCACCCAAAACAGCUGCUAAUGGUAAAUAAACUCGUUUUUUAUCUCGCAUCAUACACAACUUCUUUACAUCACGUAUUGGACAAUCCAACUGUAAUAGCUUGAAUCAUCAUGAUAAGUAGUUGCUCAUUAUUUUUAUUAUUUUAUUCAUUAUUAUUUAUUUUAUAUACUUACAAUAGUCACCGAAGGAUUCAAAAACUCAAUUUAAAUUUGAAAUAGAGGAAAAGUCUCAUAAUAAAUUAAACUUACAGUGCAGUAAGCUUGCAUUCACUACAAACUAUAAAUAGAGCUCCCGAGUGGCACAUUUUCAAAUUAUUGAGACUUGUGAUCGUGAUCUAAUAAUAAAAGUUUUACUAAUGUGAUUUUGUGGAUGCAGUUAUAUCCAGAGAAAGAGGACUGUGAUCGACUGUUUGGUAUGACCAGGGUAAACUCUUCCAUUAUGUCUUAGUAUGUUAAUGUUCUCAAGUACAGGACACAUUAGGGUAAAGCUUAGUUCAGUUGUUCUCAAGCUGUGUACCACGACACCUCUAGUAUCGAUGAAUUCACAGGAUUGCAGCAAGCUUCAAAUGUCUGAGAAAUAAAAGGAUAUACCAAGCAGCAAGGUCACAUUAUUCAGUUAAAGAAUUAGCACUCUGGAUCAAAAAGGACUUUUAUCUAUUCUUGCCAUCCAAAUACUUUAACCAAACGUCUGCCUUUCUUGCCAAUUUUUACAGAAACACUUUUAAAAAGAUCUGAUCCAUUUAAGUAAAAAUCAAGCUUCAAUCAAAGUUUAAAUCUACUAAUCUUACCACAUAAAUAGUUACCAAAUCAAAGCUUACAGAAUCUCAAACGUAUAUCAAAAAAUCUGCGAUAUUUUCAAUUCCAACAUCCAGAUCAUGCAACAGUCGCAUGACUCCAACAAUCGUAAUGUGCUACUCGUGAGAAUUUAUCCACUCUUUUUGCAAUGCAAGUAAAUUUGCGGGAAAACAAUCGAAAUGGAAAAUUAAAGGAACUUAAUGUUGCUUGUUGCUUGUGAAUGUACUUUAUGCCUUAUUGUGAAUUAAUAGAUGAUAAAUGUUUAAUUUAUUUUUGUGAAAAAAAUCGUCCGAUGGGUGUAAUUAGCGCUGAAUAUUCAAAUUCUAAUUGAAAUACAAAAAUAUUAAUUAAUGUAUUUUAUUUACGAUAGUUGUAUUGACAAAAAUCGCAAUUUGUGGUAUUUUUGAAGCUAAUUAAAUAAUUAAAAACUAAAUUUAAAUAUCUAUAAUUAUUAUUGUAUUUUCUAUUUUUUUCUUCUAUAUUAUACAGUGAAAAAUAAAAUUGGUUUGGGAAUUAAUAGAUCAAAAAAUUAUUUUAGUAUUAAAAAGGUGUCUAUUGCUGUUGAUGUAUUUAUAUGAGAUAGUAUUUUAUGCUAUUCUGCCAACCAGAGAUUGAAAUUUUUUGUAUUAAAGCAUCAUGAAAUUCCGUAAAUAUUUUCAUAUAGUGUGAAAUUAAGUUUGGGAUUCUAAAUGUGAACGACUAAGAAUCAGAAUUUUGAGAUAUAAAAUCAAAUUAUGGUUUCAUAGCUGAAUACUUAUGGUAAUAAAUCAUACUUACUAUAAAUUUCAAUUCUUAUAGGUUUUAAAAGUUUCAAGUUUAGGUUUUUGAUAUUUUGAAUUUAAACGGUUUUUAAAAUUUUAAACUUUAAGAGUUUUUCAAAAUUGAAUUCUAAUGGUUUUUAAAUUUCGAAUUUUAAUUUUAACAAAAUCCCAAGAUUUAAUUGUAUUUAAAAUUUCAAAAUUAAAAGGAUCUUCUAAUAUCAAAAUUGCAUGAUUUUCAAAAUUUCAAAAUUAA